UCGUUUCACGCUCUUUUAUUUCGAGAACCCGCUUGGUUUAUCUUCUGAAUCUAGGGUUUCGGUUUCAUCUUCCUCUUUUUCUCUAGGGUUUUUCACUUUCUUCUCAAUCUUCUUAUAGUCCGAAGCAAUGAGCCGCCAUCCUGAGGUGAAGUGGGCCCAGAGAUUGGACAAGGUCUUUAUCACUGUGCAACUUCCAGACUCGAAGGAUUCUAAGGUUAAUCUUGAGCCAGAUGGAGUAUUCACUUUCUCAGGCAGUGCUGGUUCAGAGAAUCACCAUUAUGAACUGAAGUUGGAGCUUUUCGAUAAAGUCAAUGUUGAAGAAAGUAAAGUUAACAUUGGAGUUCGAAGCAUAUUCUGUAUUUUAGAAAAGGCAGAGAAGGGAUGGUGGAAAAAGCUAUUGCGUGGAGAUGGAAAGCCACCCCAUUACGUCAAAGUAGAUUGGGACAAAUGGGUGGAUGAGGAUGAAGAUAAUGGAACUGCUGGUCUAGGUGACUUGGAUUUGGGGGGCAUGGACUUUUCGAAAUUUGGCGGUAUGGGUGGUAUGGGUGACAUGGGCAUGGGCAUGGGCAUGGGCGACAUGGGCGACAUGGGCGACGAUAAUGACUCCGAUGAGAGUGAUGAUGAUGAACAAGAGAUGUCAAAGCCAGAAAAAAGCGGCGAUAAUGCCGAAACUGCCAAGCCUGUGGAAGUCGUCAAAGAAGGUGGAGUUGGGUCCUCGGAAGAGAAAAAGGAAGCUGCACCACCAAGCAUAUGAUUUUGCGUGGUUCUUAGUAUCCAAGCAUUUGAUAAUGGUUUCAUGGUUGUGGCUUGAAUUUUUGAGCUUUAUGUGGCCUAUUUCACUGUGUAUCUCUGGAACUGCUAUUUUUGAAUCUGCUUAAUCUUGCAAUCCAGGAGAAGUAUUAUUUCACUAGCUUAGAGUUGCUAAGUACGAGUUGAACCGAGUUACGUGUGUUCUUGUUUUUCUCAUUUCUUCAUAGUUUAUGAUCCAGCUUGUCCAAAAUUAUGAUAUCUGGUAAUUUGGAGAGUGCUAUGGUUCAGAA